CAGCGUCUCGGUAAUUUCCAGAACCUGUGAGUCCGGCUUAUUCCAACCUCAACCGCGACACCUCUGUCUGUCACCACAAUUCCUCAAUUCCCGUUUCCGCCCUCACUACCUACGCAGCAGCCGCACGUUCGUUCUCCUCACUGCCACCUGCACGUGCAUCACACAACACACACACUCCUUCUCCCCCUCGCCGGCCCCUCGCUCUUCAGCACCAGCACCGCGCCUCACCCCAACCCACGCGUCAUGUCCGAGCCUGGCCCAACCUCGAUCCCAACAUCCGCGGACCCGCGCUCCAAGCGGCCUCUGAAGCGGCGCGCGCUCUCGCCGACAUCGCAGCAAGCCUCGGCGGUGACGCACCUAUUCAAGAACCCUGACCGGGAGAUCCGACUGCCGAGCGGCAACGGGGGCGGGGCGCGCACUCUCGCGGCGCCGCCAGAAAUCGUCGCGAACGUGCAGGGCUCCUCCGCCGGUGCCGGGUCCGGCGAGUUUCACGUAUACAAGGCGAGUAGGCGGCGGGAGUAUGAGCGUCUAAGGCUCAUGGAUGAGGAGGUGAAGAAGGAGGAGGACGAGAAGGAGUUUGAGAGGAAGCGCGAGGAGAUGCGCAGGAGGGAUGAGGAGAAGACGAACAAGAAUCGCAAGAGGAGGGCCAAGAAGAAGACCGCGGAUAAGGCGAAGGAUGGCAUGGAUAUCGACAGGAUUCAGGACGCCAAUGAUAAAGUCAUGAGCGCGGAUAGGGAGGCGGCGAAUGGGAAUGCUGCGGGUGAGGAUGGUCAUGCGGCGGUGCCGGCGGUGGAGGAGGCGGGGAUUAUCAUCCAUGAUGACGAUUGAGAUUAAUAUCCAGAGCUGUGAGUGAGAAAGGACUACUAUGGGUCCAUUGUACCAAUAUGGAGGGAACAUCAACCGGUUCUGAUUCUCUAGGCGUUUUUCUUGCGGGGGCUAUUGUCAUUGCCAUUAUUUGUCCCGUUCGUUUGUAUUUCGUGGGUGGGUGGCAUAUGGAAGGAAGACUGUUUGUUUGCUGUUUGCGACAUUGUAAUAUCACCUAGUAGCACA